CGGUGGCAGGGAUGCCCAGAAGGAAGGGCUGUUCCGGCACUUCUACCAGGUGCUUCAGAGAGAUCGCGAACAGAAGAGACCCUCAGACUGCAUCGUGGUCUCCAUUUUCCAAGAGCAGAGGGAAUACGCCACAGCCGUCGGCCACCGGUUGCAGGAUCACGGCCUCGUGGUGGAAAUGAUCCACCUCACCUCCGAGUCCGGGCUCACCCGUGCGCUCCAGGAAGUGAGGGAGGACGGGUCCCCGUUCUGCAUUCUCGUUGAGCGGUCGAAUGUAAAACUCUCCUCUUGCACCGUGAUUCUGCUGCACGAGUCUAUCAAAAUCCAUCGCCACAUGCCGCUGGAGGACGCCCUGGCGCUGGUGGGCAGAGAGUACCAGCGCUUCCUCACGCAACGGGAGCAGCGGGAACGUGCCAGCAUCGCGCUCCGCGCCGGCGACCUGGUGGACGACUUCCUGGCCCGGGAGGGCCUGAGCAGCCACACCGUCCCGCUGGGCAUCCGGCACCUCCUCUUCCUGCUGACCGAGGGGAAGCAUCUGCACCGGAAUGAGCUGGACCUGCUCAUCGACUACCUGAAGACCAGGAGAGGUCAGCUGGAAGGCCCCGAGACCCCCAGUCCUCUGGCCAGCAGCGACGCCGCCUCCUUUGCAGGCCGGAGCACCCCGUCCGAGGGCAAGCCGCCGCCCCUGCUGCCCACCCCGGGCCAGUGCUCCUACCCAGGCCCGCUGCCCUCCUUCCGCCUGGGCGAGCGGCCGGGAGGAGGGUCUGCGGCGUCCACAGGACUGGCCAACCCCAAAGGUCCGUUUCCCCCACCCCUGCUGCUGGUGGCCCCCUGCAAGAGGCCUGCUCCUUUGGGGGGUCUCCCGCCUAAGCCCGCCAAGCGCCCCAUGCUCGGGGAGAAACCAGGCCUUUUAGCACCACCGCCAGCGCUUUUGCAGUCGGUGCUGCCCAAGUGGCCCGGGCAGCCCAUGUCUUUGCUGAACUAAGGAGUCGCCACCGAGCCAGACCACGCUUGUUCCCACCCCUCCAACCCCCGUGUGCUGGCU